CGUUAUCCCCUCCACUACGGUUGCUUGUCUAUCCACUACGUCUAACUGACAUUUUGGGGAGAAAAUGGUUAAACUGUGAGGUUAUCAAAGUAUAGAAAGAAACAUUUACACAGUGUGUGACGUUUCUGUUCUUUUAUCUUGUAAAUUUUUAAACUGUUUAUUCCAAUAUGACUUAUUUAAACCAACCGGAUUAUGUGCGCUACGUAUGCAACUGUGGUUCAUUGAAGCCUAUAUCAAAAAUAUAUUUUUGUCGACAUUGCUUGAUGAUACGAUGCGGCUACUGUGUCUGUCAAGAGGUCGAUUCCCAUUAUUGCCCAAACUGUAUGGAAAAUUUACCUUCAUCGGAAGUACGUCUUAAAAAGAACAAAUGUUCUAAUUGCUUCGAUUGUCCUUGUUGCUUUCAAACAUUAUCUACAAGAGCAGGAUUAGCUGCAACUGUAAAAGCAACAGCAACAGAAGGAGAAGAAAAUAAGGAUGUUAAAGCUACUCCUAAAAAAGUAUAUUAUUUAUUUUGUUCAUUGUGUCGAUGGAGUUCUCGAGAUGCAGGGAUACCUGAUCAAUCUGUGGCAACUGGAGGAUGGCCUGAGCAGGAAAAUCCACAUACAACACGCAUUAAUGCUCUAAUUGAUUAUCAUAAGAUAUUAGCUUCUAUAGAGAAACAACAAUGCGAAAGGAAGAAAUUUCAUCCAAAACGUUCUUUUAUGCCAGCUCAGACAAUGUACAGUUUUACAUCCGCAUUACUUCGUAAACGUAUUGGGCGUCCCUUAAAACCACCAAUGCAAUCUCAAUCGACUGCUCAACCAGUACCAUCUGUUGCAACUGAGGAAAUAGAAGAAUUACCAGGGGAUAUAUUUACAGAACCUUUAGAUAUAACUAAAGUUACAACAUUGGAACAAAGAUUACAAUACCCAGAAGUACAAGCUGAAAAGAUAAACGAGUUGCGUCCUCAGCACAGACAAUUUUUAGUCAAAAGAUCACAACGCUGCAGAGUGUGUGAACAUAACGUCAGCAAAUCAGAUCUCUGUCCUCAAUCUAUAAAGUUCAAGAUUUUACUAGCGGCAUUUUAUCAUAUCCCAGAAGUAAAGAUCGUUACUUGUGAACCACUUCGGUCGGGAAAAUCAAGUGAAUUGCUUUUAAAAUUCUGCAACCCAACACAGCAUCAGACUCAAAUAACUAUAUUGCCGUUAGAUACUUCGUUGUCUACGUCAUUUAUUAAGGAGAAAGAUCUUAAACAGGAAGACACACAGCAAGGAAGUGAAUCUCCAAAUUUAUUGCCAUCUGCUGUACGGCAGACGCCUGUAACAGAGGAUCCUAAGCCAAUAAAAAUCGUACCGAAUGCAGAUUUAAUAUUGCCUCACAGUGCAUUGAUCCUUCCACCAAGAGAUGAUGCUGCUGAAUAUGAUGAUACCAGCGAUAAUCAUAAUUUUCAGGAUGAUCCAAAACUCGUAGUAUGGCGAAAAGGAAACAAAGCUGUGAUUCGUUUACAUGUAAUUCCGCACGAUAUUAAUGAAAAUACUGAUGAAAAUAGCGAACCAGUUAUAGUCGGAUUUGUCAUGCAACAUGGAUAUGUGAAUACUAUUGCAGCACUGGAACAUAAGUCACCACAAAAAGUGGAUGUAAAGGUUAAAUUAUAUCUUAAUGUUGGCCAGUUAGUUAACAAAGCAUAAUUUUUUCAUAUACGACAUAUGUCAUACAUGACACCAUAUAAAU